AUGCCACCCGCAUCUCCCCUGGCCAUCGCAACCUCUUCAUUGCAACGACUCGUCAAGGAAGAAGCUUCCUACCACCGCGAGCUCGAGCAACAGACACAACGCCUGCAGAAGCUCGAAUCCGUGGACCUCAGUAACGAUGAUGAAGGAAACCAUGCAUUUUUGCUAAAGCAGGAGCGCCAAGCCGUCGAAGAGACCAAGGCAGUGCUUCCGACAUUGAAACAGAAGAUUUCGGAUGCUGUUGCGAAACUUGAGCAGUUGAUUGUCGAAGAAGGAAACAAAGGAGAUAAUAGCAACGUCGAGCAAUUGACUGCUGCCAAAGAAGCUAUCUCCUCGGCCAAGACUGCCAUGAGAGAGAUUUCUUAA